AUGGCUGUAGUUGUUUCGUCAUCAAAGUCUCGAAUCUUUGUUGCCUUCUUCUUAUUUGGUCUUUUAAAUAACAUUCUUUAUGUGGUGAUUCUUUCUGCUGCGGUUGAUUUGGUUGGAUCUAGUACGCCCAAGGCUGCUGUACUUUUGUCUGAUAUACUUCCGGCAUUUCUUGUGAAAGUGUCUGCGCCAUUUUAUAUCCAUCUUAUCCCAUAUCACGUACGAAUCUGGACGUUAGUUGCUCUUUCUUCGCUUGGAAUGGUGGUGAUAAGUGAGUCCCCAAUACUAGGAUGGAAACUCUUUGGUAUUGGUAUGGCUUCAUUAUCAUCGGGAUUGGGAGAAAUUACAUUCCUUCAACUCACUCAUUUCUACUUGGAAACUCAUUCAAUUGCCGGCUUUGCCACGGGGACUGGUGGUGCAGGCUUGGCCGGAAGCUUUGUGUUUAUGCUUUUAACAAAUGUUAUAAAUUUAAAUGUUCUGACUGUUUUAUUGCUGUUUGCAAUCCUCCCCUUUGGAUUCAUAUUUGGAUUUUUCUGGCUACUUCCUAAACCGGUUUUAGGAGAAUAUUUGGAAUUACACGAUGAAGAAGGUUUAGAUCAACAUACAGACCAGGAUGAUGAAGAUGAAGUUCAUGUCUCAGAACAAAUUGUUCAUCCAAGUAAAUUUCAAAAAGGUAGUCUCAAGAGUCAUUUUAAUGAAACUAUUGCCAAAAUCAAACCUCUUUUUGUUCCAUACAUGAUCCCAUUGUGUUCUGUGUAUAUAUCUGAAUAUGUUAUCAACCAGGGAAUUUCACCUACCCUUCUUUUCCCCUUGGAUGAGCUCCCUUCGUGGCUUUUUCUGAGUUAUAGAGACAUUUAUGUUGUAUAUGGGUUCUUGUAUCAAUUGGGGGUGUUUGUAUCCCGGUCAUCGAUUGCCUACGUACGGAUUAAGAACUUGUAUCUACUCUCGAUAUUACAAUUUAUUAAUGUGGUGGUUACACUUUCACAAUCAGUAUUCCAAUUCCCAUUCCAUCGAAUUUGGUUAUUAUUAAUCUUGAUAUUUUAUGAAGGUCUUUUGGGCGGGUUCCUGUAUGGUAAUACGUUUAUGUCAGUUAGUGAAGAGGUUAUAAAGCUGGAAAGAGAGUUUUCUAUGGGGUGCGUUGGAAUUAGUGAUAGUUUAGGAAUUGUUGUUGCUGGAUGCAUCAACUGGUGGUUAGAAGGAUAUUUAUGUUCUAUUCAGGUUGGAAAGGGGAGAGAUUGGUGUUUAGGAAAGUAG